GGGGGCGUGUCGAGCCAGCUCGUCUGCCGAGCGAGUGGGUAGCUGCGAGCAUGCGUCGUGCUGGGCGGCGCGGGGCGCACCGCCGACCGUCCUCGUAAGGAAGAGAGCUGGCCAAUAGGCGGCGGUUGCUCGGCCGCUAGAGGCGUGGCCAUGUAGAUAAGGCGCGGGUGGGCGGCCCAAUGGGCGGGCGCCUAUGCAGAUGAGACGGUGACAGCCCGGCCAGCGGGCGGGCGGGCGGGCGAGCGGGCAGGCGGGCUGCUGGGGCGGGGAGGUGGGACCGGGAGAGGGGUGGCCGCGGGGCCCGGCCGGGCUGGGGCGGGGGGCCGCAGCCAUGAUCCGGGCCUUCUCGUUCCCGGUGAGCCCCGAGCGGGGCCGGCUGCGGGGCUGGCUGGAGGGCAGCCUGGCCGGGCUCUGUGAGUUGCAUUGGCUCCGGGAGAGGCAGGAGUACCGCGUGCAGCAGGCGCUGCGGCUGGCCCAGCCCGGAAUGGGGGGCGCCGAAGCCGAGGACGAGGAGGACGCCGACGAGGACGAAGAUGCCGCGGCGGCGCGCCGGGCCGCGGCGGCCCUGGAGGAGCAGCUGGAGGCCCUGCCCGGGCUCAUCUGGGACCUGGGCCAGCAGCUGGGAGACCUGAGCUUGGAGUCCGGGGGCCUGGAGCAGGAGAGCGGGCGCAGCUCAGGCUUUUAUGAAGACCCCGGCUCCACGGCAGGUGCAGACUCGCCGUCCUCGACCUUUUGCGGGGACAGUGGCUUCUCCGGAUCUGGCUCCUAUGGACGCCUGGGUCCCUCUGCACCCCGCGGCAUCUAUGCCAGCGAGAGGCCCAAGUCCCUAGGAGAUGCCAGUCCCAGCGUUCCGGAGGCGGUGGGCGUGCGGGCCGCGGUGCCACGGUCCUUCUCCGCGCCCUACCCGACGGCUGCGGGGUCCGCGGGCCCCGAGGCCUGCUCCUCGGCGGAGCGGCGGGCCCGCGCGGGGCCCUUCCUGACGCCCAGCCCCCUUCACGCCGUGGCGCUGCGCAGCCCUCGGCCCUGCGCCCGCCCUCCCGCCGACUCGCCCGACGCGGCGGCGGGCGCCGGGCGG